AUGGAUCAAUGCGAUCAGCUGGAUCCGUUCUCCAGUGAGAAUCUUUGGCGACUCUCCAAAUUCAGCAUAGAAGCUCUGCAGCCGCUGGAGUCUCUACCAUGGCACGCUGCUCUACCUGAAAUUCCGAGAACUUGCUUCGAGGCACCUAGCGAACCCAAAGAAAAAAUUGAUACGUCGCUAUGGAAGCUCGACUUCUUUCCAAAUGACUUGGAGCCGCCUGAAUCAGCUACCGACUCAAUCAUCAAUUCCUCCAUAGAAGGCCUAUCCGAUGCGCCAUCUGACCCUGUAGCAGACACAGCCGAGGAAGAGAACAACCUUUGGUCCUUGGACAUACUACGAGAAGACGAUGCCCAAGUCAUCCCGCAACAAACUUGGGAAAAAUUUACGGAGAGGCCCUUUCAAGAGCCGGUAUCUGCUUACUUCAGUGAAUCGGGCCCGAGGGGAUUUGAUGCAGCCCUGGCAAAGCAGACACUGAUAAAAAAACAGAAACCAAAUCGACUAGCUCAAACAGAUGUGUACAUUCGGUCUCUGUUUCGUCUGGGGUUGGGCUGGAACUCAUCUUUCUUUCGGUACAACGAAACCACGUAUCAGUUUGAGAAAGAGACCAAGGAUAUUAGAGUCUCCGGUGUCAGCUCUAUGGCAUUAGACGAUGUCGUUGGUUAUGUGCUACAGUGUGGCACCAAUAUGCACCAGAUGCGAUUAUUCGCGCAAGAUCCUCCCGCAAUGUGCAAAGAACUGUCCGCUCUAUUCACUCUGAGCCGCAUAGUCGCUGUUGUCGUCUUUAAUCUCGAGCAGCAGAUCUUUGGCCACUCCCAGCAACUCGCCUCACUACUCCAAAUCAGGGCCUUGUUUGACCGUUGCGGGGAUCUGAUGGGUGCAUUGGCUACUAUUGUCAGCACAGCUCAAAAGGCUUCCUCAGAUGCACAAAUCAUAUCAAUUGUGACGCAGCGUGCAGCCUCCUUUGCUCAGAAGUUUGGCUGGAUGGAGAACCUGUUGCAUGAGAUGGUGAUUCGAGUUACCGACCCAUGGUUCAAAUUCAUCGACGGUUGGAUCGGGCUUCGACCUGAAGAUGCAGCACUUGAAGAAUCAAUCGCUGGUGGUAAAACAUUUAUCGAGCGAGAGGUUCAUCAGCCUGGCAAGUUCAAAACUGGACCGGCACGAAUCGAGCACGUCUUCCAAGCAGACCACAUGCCGUCGUUCGUCCCUGCUGAUCAAGCACACUCCAUCUUCGAGAGUGGACGAAGCCUUCGAAUGCUGAAGCAGUCACAUCCGAACCAUCCUAUCGCGCGGCAUGAUGUUCUUUCCCGAGCUGGCCGUCUUCAUUUACAUUGUGCGACCACCUGGGCUGACAUCGAGCACAUUCAGACCAAGGCCCAGAAGUAUGAAUCCAAUCUUCGCGCUGAAAUUAAAAGAUAUCACCGAGGAGAGCCAGCGAUUUCAUCUACUCCAUCUGAAGCACCCACACAGGGUGCCAAACAGUCGGCGGAAGCAAGUGCCAUGAGAGGAACUUUUGAGAUUUUCGACAUCGACGAUGAAAACCAAAUCUCCGGGCCUUUUACAAACCGAAUGGCUCUCUCGAGCGAUAAUUUCAACCAACUGAUUGACAAAGCCCGGAGAUUUGAGCCUGAGCCGAUUGAGCAGAGAAGCCACUUCGGCCCGGAAUUGACAUCUGGCCUCCAUCUUUCCCUUGCCCCGAUUAUCUCGUCUCAAGCCCUUCUCAUCGACUACUCAUGCCUACAUCAUCUCUUCAAAGAACAUCAAAUGCGACAUAAUCUGAAUUUACAAUGGCGGUUCCAGCUACUGGGAGAAGGCUCUUUCGUGUCACGCCUGUCUCAUUCUCUUUUCGACUCAGAGAUGGAAAGUGGAGAAAGAAAGGCCGGUGUUAUACGUACUGGUGUGGACACCGGUCUACGGCUCGGUAGUCGAGACACUUGGCCACCAGCCAGUUCAGAGUUGCGUCUUGUGUUGAUCGGUCUUCUCGGAGACUGUUACUUCGGCAACGCAGACCCAGAGGAAUCCGAAAAGGGCCAAAAUCAAAAAGAAAACGAAAUGCCAGGUGGGCUUAGCUUCGGAAUUCGAGACCUGUCCGACGAAGAGAUUGACAGAUGUAAGGAUCCAAGCUCAAUCGAGGCUCUGGACUUUCUUCGUCUACAAUACACACCACCUGAAGCGCUCGAGUCUAUCAUUACUUCACGGUCUCUCGACAAAUAUGACCGCCUUUUCAAACAUCUGCUUCGGUUACUCCGCAUGAUUUCUGUUGUCAAAGGUCUCGUUCGUGACUCGACCGUGCGAGGAUCUCUGUCAGGAGACACACGGAACGUGUUCCAGAAGUUCAGGGUGGACGCCCAACACUUUAUUUUAGCAGUUAGCGACUACUGCUUCCACAUUGGCAUUGGAUCAACCUGGCAACGCUUCCAAGAAACACUUGCGAAGAUCGAGCACUGUCUGGACCGUGGUGAUAUCGACGGCACAAUCGAAGCCGCCCACUCUGUACCAAGACUCCGCGACUACCAUGAAGAUAUGCUUGACCAGAUGCUAUUCGCGUUCUUCCUGAGCAAGCGGCACGCACAGGCGGCCAAAUUGCUUGAAUCGAUCUUCAGCACUAUCCUCGCCUUCAGUCCAUUAUCAAAGGCAGAUGGGAGCGGGCAGCGUCAUGAAGCUGAAGGGACCGCUCUUUACUUGUAUCAAACAUUCCGCAGACAAAGCUCUGCAUUCGUUGGAUACCUACGCAGUAUGGAGUCUGGCAAGGCUACUUCAAAAUCUAUGGCGAGGUCGGGAGCAUUUUUCUCAUCCCAUACGGAGACUACCAGUGUUUUUGAGCACCUCCGUGUGAGAUUAGAUUUCAAGGAAUACUACUGA